AUGUUGUGUGAUGAAAGUGAAGCGGUUGGAGAUACCAUCGAAAAUAAUGCAACUGCAGAUACUCCAUCUGAGGAUCCUCAAGACAAAGGAGAGGCAAAAAAGAGGAAAACUAUGGAGAAAAGAUCAGAGGUUUGGGACCAUUUUGCUCCGUUCUUAGAUAACAAUAAGAAACAAGAGCUAAGUCCUAGGCAAACACAGUUGGUGUUACAAUCUGGCCAAAGCUCAUCACUUAGUAGUUGGAAUUUUGAGCAAGAAGAGGUUAGGAAAGCUUUAGCUUAUAUGAUCAUUGUGGAUGAGUGGCCUUUUAAGUUUGUUGAAGGGGAGGGUUUUAAAUACUUUUGUUUGAAGUCAUGUCCUCAGUUUAAGAUUCCAUCUAGAUGUCAUAAAGGUAUAGAUAUUGGUUUGGAAAUUGAGAAGUGCUUACAUGAUUGGGGAAUCAAUAGGGUGUUCACGAUUACUGUUGAUAAUGCUUCUUCGAAUAAUACUGCAUUGGUUUAUUUGAAAAGAACUAUUAGUUUAGUGGUGCAAAAAGGCUUGAAAGAGAUUGGACCUUCGGUGAAGAAAAUCAGAAAUGCAGUUCGGUUUAUUAGGCACUCAUCUACAAGGCUGGGCAAAUUUAAGGAGUGUUGUGAACUAGAAAAAAUAUCUAGUAAGAGCAUGUUGUGGUUAGAUGUUGCAACUCGAUGGAACUCAACAUUCUUCAUGUUGGAAGCUGCGACAACCUUUGAGAAAGCUUUCUAUAGGUAUGAGUUGAUAGACUCAUCAUAUAAAAAGGAUCUUGAAGUAAGGCAUAAGGAUCUUGAAGUUGAUGAUGAUGAUGAUGAUGAGGAUGAGGAUGAGGAUGUGGAUGGAGAUAGAGUUCACGGGGUGCCAAAAGAGGAAGAUUGGAGGAAAGCAAAAUUAAUGUUGAAUUUCUUGAGGAUUUUUUAUGAGGCAACUAAUAGGAUUUCUGGAUCUUUAUAUGUUACCUCUAAUUUAUUUCUUCAUGAGAUUUACAAAGUGCAUGCAUUGUUGAAGGCUUUCAUCGAGGGUGAUGAUUUUGAAUUGAGUAUCAUGGCAAAGAAAAUGAAAGAAAAAUUUGACAAGUAUAGGGGGAAUCCUAGGAACAUGAAUAUGCUCAUUUUCAUGGCUGUUGUUGUUGAUUCUCGAUACAAGUUGAAGUUGGUGAAACUUGUGUUGGCACAUAUGUACGAUGAGGAGUUGGCUAACUCAUUUGGAAAUAAAGUUGAGGCUGAAUUAGUUAACAUGUGUGGUGAUUACAAACAGCCAAUUGUCCAACAAAAUGUAGGACAUGCAGAGUUGAAAUUGAAUGCUACACCUGAUGAUAAUGAUGUAUUGAAGAAUGCUAUGAAAAUGGUGGGUUCCUUGUAUGAGACUUUUCACCAAAGGCAUGAUGAAGUCAAUGAUGUACAUAAAUAUCUUAAGGAGGAUAUUGAGAGUGGUGGGCCAAAAUUUGACCUUUUGGAUUGGUGGAAAAAUAAUGAAUAUAAAUAUCCUGUACUCUCCCAAUUUGCCCGUGAUAUUCUAGCAGUUCCUAUCUCCACUGUAGCAUCUGAGUCCGCUUUUAGCACCGGUGGCCGAGUUCUUGAUCCAUUUAGGAGCUCUUUAAGUCCUAAAGUUGUCGAGUAUCUUGUUUGUGGUUAA